GGAUGACAUUUUUGUAAUUUUUUGGGCCACGAAAGGCCAUUUUCUUUGGAUAUUGAAGGAUACAGAUCACGGAUUCGGCCUGAGGCUAUUCUCUAACGAUGAUUGAGUCUAAUAAGCACUGAUUUGGGUGGAUUUAUUCCGCGUCAAUUUUUGGCAGAUUCCAAUGGGGUACCAUCACAGUUUUCGGGCGAUUUAUCCGAAAUGCCAUUUUCUUUCAAUUCUGAAGGCUACAGCACACGGAAUCAGGUCGAGGCUAUUCUCCACCGAGAAUUAAGUUUAUUGAUCCUAUUCUCCACGGAUGAUAAGUCCCUUAUGCACCGAUUUAGUCCAAUUUAUUUUCGGAUAGCAUUUUCAUAAUUUUUUAGGCGAUGAGAGGCCAUUUUCUUUGGAUAUGAAGGUUACAGAUCAAGGAUUCAGCCUGAGGCUAUUCUCCAACGAUGAUUGAAUCCAUUAAGGACCGAUUUGGGCGGAUUUAUUCAGGGUCAAUUUUUGGCAGAUUCCAAAGCGGUACCAUCAUAGAUUUCAGGCGAUUUAUCUGAAAUGCCACUUUGUUUCGAUUCUGGAGGCUACAGAUCAUGGAAUCAAGCCGAGGCUAUUCUCAACUGAUAAUGAAGUCUAUUCGAUGUUAUUCUCCACGGAUGAUAAGUCCAUUAAGCACCAAUUCGGGCCAAUUUAUUUUUGGAUGGCAUUUUCGUAAUUUUUUGGGCGACAAAAUGCCAUUUUCUUUUGAUAUUGAAGGCUACAGAUCACGGAUUCGGCCUGAGGCUUUUCUCCAACGAUUAUUGAGUCCAAUAAGCACUGAUUUGGGCGAAUUUAUUCCGGGUCAAUUUUUGGCAGAUUCGAAAGGGGUACCAUCACAGAUUUUGUGCGAUUUAUCCGAAAUGCCUUUUUCUUUCCAUUCUGGAGGCUACAGAACACGGAAUCAGGCCGAGGCUAUUCUCCACCGAUAAUGAAGUUUAUUGAUCCUAUUCUCCACGGAUGAAAAGUACAUUAAGCACCGAUUUGGUCCAAUUUAUUCUUGUGUUGCAUUUUUGUAAUUUUUUAGGCGAUAAGAGGCCAUUUUCUUUGGAUAUGAAGGCUACAGAUCACGGAUUCAGUCUGAGACUAUUCUCCAACGAUGAUUGAGUCCAUUAAGCAACGAUUUGGGCGGAUUUAUUCCGGGUCAAUUUUUGGCAGAUUCCAAAGGGGUACCAUCACAGAUUUCGGGCGAUUUAUCCGAAAUGCCAUUUUGUUUUGAUUCUGGAGGCUACAGAUCACGGAAUCAAGCCAAGGCUAUUCUCCACCGAUAAUGAAGUCUAUUGAUGUUAUUCUCCACGAAUGAUAAGUCCAUUAAGCACCGAUUUGGCCGAAUUUAUUUUCAGAUAGCAUUUUCGUAACAUUUUGGGCGACGAAAGGCCAUUCACUUUGGAUAUUGCAGGCUACAGAUCACGGAUUCAGCCUAAGGCUAUUCUCCAACGAUGAUUGAGUGCAUUAAACACCGAUUUGGGCGGAUUUAUUCCGGGUCAAUUUUUGGCAGAUUCCAAAGGGGUACCAUCACAGAUUUGAGGCGAUUUAUCCGAAAUGCCAUUUUAUUUCGAUUCUUGAGGCUACAGAUCACGGAAUCAGGCCGAGGCAAUUCACCACCGGUAAUGAAUUCUAUUGAUCCUAUUCUCCACGGAUGAUAAGUCCAUAAAGCACCGAUUUUAGGCCAGUUUAUUUUUGUAUGACAUUUUUGUAAUUUUUUGGGCAACGAAAGUCCAUUUUCUUUGGACAUUGAAGGCUACAGAUCACAGAUUCGGUCUGAGGUUAUUUUCCAACGAUGAUUGAGUCCAUUAAGUACCAAUUUGAGCUGAUUUAUUCUGGGUAAAUUUUUGGCAUAUUCCAAAGGGGUACCAUCACAGAUUUCAGGGGAUUUAUCCGAAAUGCCAUUUUCUUUCGAUUCUGGAGGCUACAGAUCACGGAAUCAGGUCGAGGCUAUUCUCCACCGAUAAUGAAUUUUAUUGAUCCUAUUCUCCAUGGAUGAUAAGUCCAUGAAGCACCGAUUUAGUCCAAUUUAUUUUCGGAUGGCAUUUUCGUAAUUUUUUAGCCAAUGAGAGGCCCUUUCUUUGGAUAUGAAGGCUACAGAUCACGGAUUCAUCCUGAGGCUAUUCUACAACGAUGAUUGAGUCCAUUAAGCACUGAUUUGGGCGGAUUUAUUCCGGGUCAAUUUUUGGCAAAUUCCAAAGGGUUACCAUCACAGAUUUCGGGCGAUUUAUCCGAAUUUCCAUUUUGUUUCGAUUCUGGAGGCUACAGAUCACGGAAUCAAGCCAAGGCUAUUCUCCACCAAUAAUGAAGUCUAUUGAUGUUAUUCUCCACUGAUGAUAAUUCCAUUAACCACCGAUUUGGGCAAAUUUAUUUCGGAUAGCAUUUUCGUAAUUUUUUGGCCGACGAAAUGCCAUUUCUUUUGAUAUUGAAGGCUACAAUCGACCUGAGGCUAUUCUCCAACGAUGAUUGAGUCCAAUAAACACUGAUUUGGGCGGAUUUAUUCCGGGUCAAUUUUUGGCAGAUUCCAAAGGGGCACCAUCACAUAUUUCGGGCGAUUCAUCCGAAUGCCAUUUUCUUUCGAUUAUGGAGGCUACAGAUCAUGGAAUCAACCCGAGGCUAUUCUCCACCGAUAAUGAAGUCUAUUCGAUGUUAUUCUCCACGGAUGAUAAGUCCAUUCAGCACCGAUUUGGUCGAAUUUAUUUUCGGAUAGCAUUUUCGUAACUUUUUGGGCGACGAAAGGCCAUUUACUUUGGAUAUUGAAGGCUACAGAUCACAGAUUCAGCCUGAGGCUAUUCUCCAACGAUGAUAAAGUCCAUUAAGCACCGAUUUGGGCGGAUUUAUUCUAGGUCAAUUUUUGGCAGAUUCCAAAGGGGUACCAUCACAGAUUUCAGGCGAUUUAUCCGAAAUGCCAUUUUCUUUCGAUUUACGAAGCUACAGAACACGGAAUGAGGUCGAGGCUAUUCUCCACCGAUAAUGAAGUCAAUUGAUCCUAUUCUCCACGGAAGAUAAGUCCAUUAAGUACCAAUUUGGCCAAUUUAUUUUCGGUUGGCAUUUUCAUAAUUUUUUGGACAACGAAAUGCCAUUUUCUUUUGAUAUUGAAGGCUACAAUCGACCUGAGACUAUUCUCCAACGAUGAUUGAGUCCAAUAAACACUUAUUUGGGCGGAUUUGUUCCGGGUCAAUUUUUGGCAGAUUCCAAAGGGGUACCAUCACAGAUUUCGGGCGAUUCAUCCGAAAUGCCAUUUUCUUUCGAUUAUGGAGGCUACAGAUCAUGGAAUCAACCCGAGGCUAUUCUCCACCGAUAAUGAAAUCUAUUCGAUCUUAUUCUCCACGGAUGAUAAGUCCAUUCAGCACCGAUUUGGUCGAAUUUAUUUUCGGAUAGCAUUUUCGUAACUUUUUGUGCGACGAAAGGCCAUUUACUUUGGAUAUUGAAGGCUACAGAUCACUGAUUCAGCCUGAGGCUAUUCUCCAACGAUGAUAAAGUCCAUUAAGCACCGAUUUGUGCGGAUUUAUUCCGGGUCAAUUUUGGGCAGAUUCCAAAGCGGCACCGUCACAGAUUUCAGGCGAUUUAUCCGAAAUGCCAUUUUCUUUCGAUUUAGGAAGCUACAGAACACGAAAUCAGUUCGAGGCUAUUCUCCACCGACAAUGAAGUCAAUUGAUCCUAUUCUCCACGGAUGAUAAGUCCAUUAAGCACCAAUUUGGCCAAUUUAUUUUCGGUUGGCAUUUUCGUAAUUUUUUGGACAACGAAAUGCCAUUUUCUUUUGAUAUUGAAGGCUACAAUCAACGUGAGGCUAUUCUCCAACGAUGAUUGAGUCCAAUAAACACUAAUUUGGGCGGAUUUAUUCUUUCGUAAUUUUUUGGUCGAUGAAAGGCCAUUUUAUUUGGAUAUUGAAGCUACAGAUCACGUAUUCGGCGUGAAGCUAUUCUCCAACGAUGAUUGAGUCCAUUAAGCACCGAUUUGGGCGGAUUUAUUCUGGGUCAAUUUUUGGCAGAUUCCAAAGGGGUACUAUCACAGAUUUCGGGCAAUUUAUCCGAAAUGCCAUUUUCUUUCGAUUCUGAAGGCUACAGAUCACGGAUUCAGCCUGAGGCUAUCCUCCAACGAUGAUUGAGUCCAAUAAGCACCGAUUUGGACGGAUUAAUUCCGGGUCAAUUUUUGGCAGAUUCUAAAGGGGUGCCUUCACAGAUUUCAGACGAUAUUUCCUGAAAUGCCAUUUUCUUUCGAUUUAGGAAGCUACAUAACACGGAAUCAGGUCGAGGCUAUUCUCCACCGAUAAUGAAGUCUAUUGAUCCUAUUCUCCACGGAUGAUAAGUCCAUUAAGCACCAAUUUGGGCCAAUUUAUUAUUGGAUAGCAUUUUCGUAAUUUUUUGGGCGACGAAAUGCAAUUUUCUUUUGAUAUUGAAGGCUAUAGAUCUCGGAUUCGGCCUGAGGCUAUUCUCCAACGAUGAUUGAGUCCAAUAAGCACUGAUUUGGGCGGAUUUAUUCCGGGUCAAUUUUUGGCAGAUUCCAAAGGGGUACCAUCACAGAUUUCGGGCGAUUAUCCGAAAUGCAUUUUCUUUUGAUUUAGGAAGCUACAUAACACGGAAUCAGGUCGAGGCUAUUCUCAACCGAUAAUGAAGUCUAUUGAUCCUAUUCUCCACGGAUGAUAAGUCCAUUAAGCACCAAUUUGGGUCAAUUUAUUUUCGGACGGCAUUUUCUUAAUAUUUUGGGUGACGAAAUGCCAUUUUCUUUUGAUAUUGAAGGCUACAGAUCACGGAUUCGGCCUGAGACUAUUCUCCAACGAUGAUUGAGUCCAAUAAGCACUGAUUUGGGCGGAUUUAUUCCGGGUCAAUUUUUGGCAGAUUCCAAAGGGGUACCAUCACAGAUUUCGGGCGAUUUAUCCGAAAUUCCAUUUUCUUUCGAUUUAGAAAGCUACAUAACACGGAAUCAGGUCGAGGCUAUUCUCCACCGAUAAUGAAGACUAUUGAUCAUAUUCUCCACGGAAGAUAAGUCCGUUAAGCACCAAUUUGGGCCAAUUUAUUUUCGGAUGGCAUUUUCGUAAUUUUUUGUGCGACAAAAUGCCAUUUUCUUUUGAUAUUGAUGGCUACAGAUCACGGAUUCGGCUUGAGGCUUUUCUCCAACGAUGAUUGAGUCCAAUAAGCACAGAUUUGGGCGAAUUUUUCCGGGUCAAUUUAUGGAAGAUUCGAAUGGGGUACCAUCACAGAUUUCGGGCGAUUUAUCUGAAAUGUCAUUUUCUUUCCAUUCUGGAGGCUACAGAACACGGAAUCAGGCCGAUGCUAUUCUCCACCGAUAAUGAAGUUUAUUGAUCCUAUUCUCCUCGGAUGAAAAGUACAUUAAGCACCGAUUUGGUCGAAUUGAUUUUUGGAUGGCAUUUUCGUAAUUUUUUAGGCGAUAAGAGGCCAUUUUCUUUGGAUAUGAAGGCUACAUAUCACUGAUUCAGUCCGAGGCUAUUCUCCAACGAUGAUUGAGUUCAUUAAGCACCGAUUUGGGAGGAUUUAUUCCGGGUCAAUUUUUGGCAGAUUCCAAAGGGGUACCAUCACAGAUUUCGGACGAUUGAUCCGAAAUGCCAUUUUCUUUCGAUUAUGGAGGCUACAGAUCACGGAAACUGGCCAAGGCUAUUCUCCACCGAUAAUGAAGUCUAUUGAUCCUA